UUUACAGAAAACGCUUAGUCGUUGCUACGCGCUAGCAGAUUCCGCAAUGUCCAAUGAAAUCGGUGACUGGUUCCGGAGUAUUCCGUUCGUGACAAGAUGGUGGUUCAUACUCUCUAUUGCACUACCGUUGCUUGGUCGGAUAGGCAUCCUGAACCCAUAUUGGAUGCUUCUCGUUUGGGAACCUUUCUUUUACAGGUUUCAGAUCUGGAGGCCGCUGACAGCUCUUUUUUUCUUCCCACUCUCUCCAAGCUCAGGAUUCCACUAUUUACUGAAUCUGUAUUUCCUCUACAACUAUUCCACAAGAUUGGAAAGUGGCACGUUUUUUGGAAGGCCGGCUGACUACCUGUUCAUGCUGGGCUUCUGCUGGCUUAGCUUGGUCAUCAUUGGUUUCUUAGCUGAAAUAAUGCUUCUCAUGGAUCUGAUGAUACUUUCUGUGCUCUACGUCUGGUGUCAGCUAAAUAGAGAUCAGAUUGUCCAGUUCUGGUUUGGCACACAGUUCAAGGCGAUGUACCUUCCAUGGGUCUUGCUAGCUUUCAACAUGAUCAUCAGAGGCGGAGGUUUCACGGACGUCCUUGGCAUCCUUGUCGGACAUCUCUACUUCUUCCUCAUGUUCAAGUACCCACAGGACUUUGGUGGCCGACGGCUCCUCAGCACACCACAGAUACUGUACAACUACUUUCCAAAUGAACGCGGUACAGUCAGUGGCUUUGGAGUGGCACCUGCAUCCAGAAGAGCGCAGGCAGGAGGAGGAGGAGGUGGCGGAGGAGGAGGAGGAGGUGGAUACCAAUGGGGGCGGGGUAAUGAGCUGGGUGGUAACUGAUGUUGUACUCAUGUAGAGUUGGACCUCGGCAUUAUGAAUGUUGUAUAGUUUGUAAGUUGCAUAAAUUUCUUGACAACAGUCCAUGUUGCGUGAACCUGAACACAAAGGAAGCCGCUGAAAUCAAAUGAUCCAUCGUGCGCUUCCUGUGGGAAAAGAGAUUACACAGCCCUUCUAAUGAAGCAGGACAUGUGUAACAUAUGAGCAGUACCGGGCGUGUAUCUCUGGGAGGUAACAUGUGAGCUUGAUUUUACACUCCAGGAUUAUUGGUAGUAUUUUAAAGUGAAGAGUAUGCAUGGACUGCUUGCAAUAUUGAGGCAAUAUAUAAGAGGCAAAGGACUUGCCGUUAUGUCUUGUUAUAAAAGUGUAACAUGAAUAAUUGAAUACAGCAUUUUAAUAACUGAAAAUAGUAGUUCACAGUUGGAAUCAUGUUUACCGCCGACGUGGCUGGAGUGGUUACCGAAACGUGUCAGCGCGUAACACGCAUGGACAGCAAGAUAGAGGACAAAAAAUGUGCACUCGAACACCUACAUCUAGUUUUCUGCCAAACAGUUUUAUAACCAAAGUCAGUUCGGAAAUGCAGCAUGUAAAGCUCUAGCGACUAAAAUUCAAAUGUGAACAAAUUGUUAAUAGAGAGUUAUUCGUAUCACUUACAUCAUACAUAUUUGAAACGCGUUACAAAUACAUUGCAAGUUCAAGCAUGAAGGUCAGUGCUAAAGGUCAUGGCUGUGUGCGAUGGAUAGGACAAACCAUUUUUAAACAAACUUAAAUUUAUGGUAAUUUCGGUACCUGAAAUCCCAAUAUCUGUAUGACAAUCAUUGUAACACCUGAAUGGUCCUCAUGGCUUUGUCCCACAGCAAAGAUGUGGUAACAUGAGCAUUGUUACUUGUUUGUAACCAGACCUCUGUUCGCUAAAUUCCUAUUUACCAUUGGUGUUUCUAAAACUACUUCUGCUUUUCUAUUGCUAUUUCCUAAAUACACAAGGAAACUGUUCCUCAUGUUAAUCCAGGUGCAUUUAGCCUUGCGUCACAGGAGUGACUGUAACGAUAUCCUGUACGUGAAGCCAUUUAUGUUGUUAGUAAACAUAUGAACUAGCUAGCAGUGCAAUGGGUGUGUUGACUAACAUACCUUCUGUUAGACCUCUUAAGGUUAGCAACAUAACUAAUGCAAUUUACUUCUUUACUAAGCUAGGAAUCACUACUUCCUGCUAGCGCAGAGGAAGUUUCUAGACACCUAAUAGUUCUACUAUUACCUAACCUCGUAUUAUAGUCAUGUCUUGAGCACCUUUAUUCGGUCCGUUUUCUGCACCAAACUUACAGUGCGUGUUUACACUGUCACCUGGAUUAUUCUGUUACAGUUGAACUGUGUCACGGAAAAAAUUACGAGCUGCUGUGAUUUCUCGUUGUUUAGCUUAUCGCUAUUCAAUAGCAGCAACAGCUUCGAACAGCAGCCGCGCGAGGUUUUACCCGUGGUUACCAAUACCGGUUUACGUGCAUGUUAAAUAUCUUGCAGUGAGACGAGGCAACUGAAAUCGAAGUCUGUUUGGAACUCAUUUGAUUGUUACAAUUAAAGAUGUUUGUAAAUUAAGAUUCGAAGGUUUUGCCUCUCAUUAUUUUAUUUAUUUUUGCUAAACAUAAGGCGGUACAUAUUUGAGUUGUUUGUUCUAGCGUGAUAGUAAAUUAUAGUCAGUAAUUUUAAGUUCUCAAGUGACAAGAACUGUCCGAUAUCCUAGAAGGUGUCAUUUAUUGUUUCUUUGGAAUUCCAAAUAGUUAUUGUCAUAUUCAUUUUUACCAAGUAAUCUUUUAUUGGUAAAUCAAUUAGUUGCAAAGGUGUGGUGGAUAGCAUCAAGGGUUAAUAAUGACACAUACCAUAUCAUAUAUCAUUAUAUAUCAUUAUUCACCCGUGAUAGCAUAAAAGCGAAGGUAGCAACUAAUUUCCUAAUUCAUUCUAAAAACAAUAGUUGAAACAAAUUGAAUCACAAUUAUACACGUCUCUUAUAACGAUGGAUACAUUAUAAAGAUAUAUCUUCCAAAAACAUGUCACUCCUAAUGGUGGCAUAUUUAUGGCAUCUGGUAUAACUUUCGACAAUAAACGGUCAGUUGUCUAUUGUGAAGUGGA